CUUCUUCUUUUUUUUUCUUCUUCUUCCCCUUCUCCCUCGAGGUUCGAGUUUUGCCGGCGGGAUUGUUAUAUUGCUCCUUUGAUAUAUUACGUAUAUAUAUAUACAUACAUAUAUAUCCCCCAAACACACACACAUAUAUAUAUAUAUACACACGCAGGCACUUCCCGAGUUUGACGCCCGCGAACUACCGUUGCAUAACGCCGUAUAUACAUUGGGACAGCUAGAACAACUACAAGGGAAAAGAGUAGACAAGGGAGAAAAGGAGAAUAAUCUCGCCCAACGUCAAUAUUAUAUUCGAAGUGGAAAGAGAAGAAGAAGAAGUUAUUUGCAACAAACACCCCCUACCCCCCGCCACAAACGCAAAUACCGACAACAUGAGCUCAACAGCAACCGAGCUGCAGCCGUCCAAGGCCAACAUCGGUGUCUACACGAACCCGGCUCACGACCUGUGGGUCGCCGAUGCGCAGCCCAGUCUCGAGGAAGUCGGCAAAGGUGGGGAUCUCAAGGAAGGCGAGGUUUUGCUGCAUGUUAAGAGUACGGGGAUUUGCGGGAGUGAUGUGCAUUUCUGGCAUGCUGGCUGCAUAGGACCCAUGAUAGUAACCGACACGCACAUUCUGGGCCACGAGUCCGCCGCUCUAGUCCUCGCCGCACACCCAUCCGUCACGCACCUCAAGCCGGGCGACCGCAUCGCCAUCGAGCCCAACCUCAUCUGCCACGAAUGCGAGCCCUGCCUCACAGGCCGCUACAACGGCUGCGAGAAAGUCCAAUUCCUGUCUACCCCGCCCGUCCCCGGCCUGCUGCGUCGCUACCUCAAGCACCCAGCCGCAUGGUGCCACAAGCUCCCGGAUAACCUGACGUGGGAGGACGGCGCGAUGCUGGAGCCCCUGAGCGUUGCGCUCGCGGGCAUGGAUCGCGCUGGUGUGCGGUUGGGCGAUCCCGUGGUGGUGUGUGGUGCAGGGCCGAUUGGGCUCGUCACCGCGCUGUGCUGCAAAGCGGCGGGCGCGGCACCGCUCGUCAUCACGGACAUCGACGAGGGACGGCUGGCGUUUGCAAAGGAGCUCAUGCCAAACAUCCUCACGCACAAGGUCGAGUUCUCGCAUUCGGCCGACGACUUCCGUGAGCGCAUCCUCGCGCUUACCGGGGGCAUCGAGCCUGCCGUCGCCAUGGAGUGCACCGGUGUCGAGUCGAGUAUUGCUGGCGCGAUCCAGGCGGUCAAGUUUGGCGGAAAGGUGUUUGUGAUUGGUGUUGGCAAGAACGAGAUCAAGAUCCCGUUUAUGCGGUUGAGCACGCGCGAGGUCGAUUUGCAGUUUCAAUAUCGCUAUGCGAACAUGUGGCCCAAGGCUAUCCGGCUGCUGUCGAAUGGCGUGUUAGAUUUGAAGAAGCUGGUCACGCAUCGCUUUGAUAUUACCGAUGCCGUUGAGGCGUUCAAGACGGCCGCGGAUCCCAAGACGGGUGCUAUCAAGGUACAGAUCCAAAGUCUGGAUUAG